AUGUAUGGAUACAAUCGUACUGCUGCUAAUAGUUGUAGUAAUGGUAAUGGUAUAAAUGAUGGUGUGGAACUGAUACAUGCAACUGAUUCAUUGAGUAGGAUUCAAUCAAAUAAUGGUUUUCUUCCUUCAAAGAUGUCACAUCAACCAAUUCGUGUUGUUCAACCACCAACACAACACACAACAUCACAUUCAAGAGCUCAACGAAACUAUCACGGUUCCAGUUCAAUCAAAUAUGAUGACUUAGUGCAAACUGCGGAACAACAACGACGCUUGAUUGACGCUAAUCGUCGAAUGAUUCAUGAUCAUGAGAUACGUAGAAACCGCGGUAUUGAUAAUGCACCCAUACGUUUAGCUGUACUCCGGAAUGAGAUACUAUUUGAGGAACGUGAAAUGGCUCGUUUAAAAAUGUUAGAAGAUGAAACACAACAAGCAUCAAAUCGUCGAAUAAUAGCUGAACGACAAUUGAAUAAUUUGCAGAUUAAUUAUACGUCACAAGAGCAACAUUUACGAAGUGUUAUCUCUAAGAUUAGUUCCUUACAAACACAAUUGGAUAUAUUACGCCAUCGUCGAUUAAUUGCAUUAAAUGCCGCUCGGGAACAGCAACAGAGAUUAAUGAGUUCACAAAUAAAGCUUACAAACACCGAUACUAUGCAAACAUUGUUAUCCGUAAUGCCAUCACUAACCACAAUAUCGAACAGUGAUAUCAUUCUACAAAAUGAUAUCAGUGGAUCAAAAUCAUCAAUAUUACCAUCAACGCAGCAUUCAGUAGUAUCGCAUAGUAAUCAACAAAAUGAUAUUAGGAUGUUACGACAGAUUUCAUCGAUCUCCGAUUCUGAAAAGCCAACAAAUCCUUCUUUUGAUUUGCCUUAUCGCCCACGAGCAUCUGUUGAACCGUUUCAGGUUAAUCAAUCGAAAUCUCUUGUGGAUACUAGAUCUGAAUUGUCUUCAAGUUGUCCUCCUCAGCUACUAAACGUGCCAUUCAAUACUUCCAAAUUUAAAAAAGAUGGAGCGAAUUUCACCGUUGACCGUAAUAGCUCACCAUCACCACCGAAAGAUCCAUAUCCAACAGUUGAAAAUACAUCCGACAAUAAAACAAUAAAAUUGGAUGAGAGAAUAUUUGAUACAGCUGAUCAUUUGAAUAAAAAAUUAUCAUCAUCAAUAUCGGAAAUAGUAGAAAAGCAUCAAAUACAACAACAGAAGAGUAUGAUGAUAAAGUCAAAUAGUACUAUGAUACAGCAAAAUAAACAGUUGGCAUUAGAUCUGGUCGAUAAUAUGAAACUAACAAGAGCUGAUCAAAUCUCUAUACGACCUGAUACAUUGCGCGCUGCAAAGAGAAGGUCAUGGGCUCUUCAAGAUAGUGCAUCAUGUAAUGAAACAGAAUAUAUCCGGAAAAUUUUACUUGACGAACAAAAAAAAGGUCGCACUCAUUUAUUGGUCGGAUGUAAUAUUGGCAACCUUUUUACCGUUGUAAAUAAGAAUACAAUAAAUAAAUCAGAAAUAAUCCAUGAAGAAGAAAAGGACGCUAUAGAAGAUACUGUAGCAACGCCUAACGAAUAUAUAUGUGAACUUCUUAUGAGGGAUAUUCAACUUGAUGAAUUACCGAUUGAAAUUGAGCAUCUGGAAGAAUAUGAACAAGAAAAGGUAUUUGUUAGCAAUGAAUUUACCGGAGAAAUGGCAGAUGAAAUGGAUGAGCAAAAGAAAACGUCCGGUAUUGCAGAACUUAUCAAGCCAUUACCCGAAAAGGGUAUUCUUCGUCACAAUAAAAUGAAAAACAUUUCAAGAAAAGUGGUUUUUGAUCCGUUAGCAUUACUGUUAGAUGCAGCUUUAGAAGGUGAAAUGGAUCUGGUAAAAGCAAGUGCCGCAAAGUUGCCAAAUAUAUCAGCAUGCAACGAUGAAGGUAUUACAGCGCUGCAUAAUGCAAUUUGCGCUGGUCAUUACGAGAUUGUACGUUAUUUGGUGGAUUCAUUUGCUGAUGUAAAUGCUCAAGAUUCAGAUGGUUGGACACCAUUACAUUGUGCUGCAUCAUGUAACAAUUUACCAAUGGUAAAAUUGUUGGUGGAAAAUGGUGCUUGUAUUUUUGCACAAACAUUAUCAGAUCUAGAAACACCAGCUGAAAAAUGUGAAGAAGAUGAAGAUGGCUAUGAAGGUUGUCAACUCUAUCUUAAAGCUGCUGAUCAGGAAGCCGGAAUUGUGAAUGAUGGAUUAAUGUAUGCAGCGUAUGACUAUGAGAAAGAGCAGGAUGAUGAAUUAAGUUUCUCCAUUGGUGCAUGUUUGCGGGUAUUAGAAAAAGGUGUCAACGAUCAGACAUGGUGGCUUUGUGAGAUUGUAACGGAAGAUCACUGUAAUAUUAGAGUUGGAACAGCUGAACAAGGCUUAGUACCACGAAAUUACUUAUCACUCUAUCCAAGCUUAUCAAAACGAAGUGCUAAUUUCAAAAUGUUUGAUUUACCACAAUUACCUAAAAUUCAUGAAUCAAAAAAAGAUAAUAUGGAUGUUAAAGAAUGGCGAAGGAGUAGUAGUAGUAGUAGUAGUAGUAGUAGUAGUAGUGGUAGUUCAAUGAUGGGAAAAAUUACUGAGGAAAAUCAUGAUGGGACAAUUAUUGAACAAUCAGUGUCAAUCUCUGUUUCAUAG